UAUUGCAUUUAUUUGUAAGUGCGUACAAAUGUGCAUAUGUACAUAUGCAUGUAUGAGUAAAUCUGUAUGUAUAUACAUAUAUUACUUAUAGAGUGAAGUGCUUGGUGUGUUUGAUUUUUUUUAAAUCACCAGAUUAACAGGGAGUUGGAGAAGAAAUAUCCUAACCAAUAAAUAUGCAAAAAUAAAGCUACAAAAAUCUGAAAAGCCAAGAAUAUACGUAAAGUAGAUAAAUUGGCAAUAUAUCAAAAAAGUUAUUAAUUUAGCGAUGGUGUGGUACGAUAUAUAAAUAUUGUUAUUGUAAUAUUUUUAUUGGAGAACAGCAACAAUAGAAAAAAAGCAAAUAAUGUACCAUACGACAAAGCUGUGCUGCUGCGCGGAGCUGCAAUAACAGUAAUAUACAACAACUAAAAACCAAAACAAUAAGAAAAACAAUAAUCCACAUUAGCAAUAAAUAGCAGCGGCGGGCAAUAGAAAUAUCUAAGUUUUCCACAACUAUAAAAGCGCAUUUUGCCAAUAUGGCGCGCAAUAACGUCACCGUGAAAAACAUCACAGGCAUCUACACAGUUCAACGAUGGUUUGAGUAUUGCCGCAUCCUAGCACUAUUUGUAGCGCUGCACUGCAAUGCUUCACUGCCAUUAGUAGUCUCUGCUGUUGGCAACCGCGUUGACAGCAGCACUGAGACUGUUGCUGAAGGUGUUGGCUUACCCGCAGUCGGUGGUGUUAAUGGCAUUCCUGAGAGGUCUGCGUAUAUUUUACCGCCGUCUCAUGUAUUCCGGCAUCAGGAGCAUUAUUCGCAGCGUACUGAACAGAACGUGAAUGACUUCAAGCGAGCGCAAUUGUACAAGCAACUUAGUGAAAAUUAUAGUAACUCUAUCCCUAAAACAGUCAAUAGCAGCGACAAUAGCGGCAACAAGUAUAUUCAUUUACUGUCGCAAUCGGAGCCUCAGAUAUCAGAACAUUUGCACCGUCACAGUCACAGACAUUCAUCGAGCCCGGCCUCCGUAUGGGAACGUUAUGUUCUCCCACCUCUUCGACAUCAACGACAUCAGCAACUACAACAACACCACCAUCGUCAGGAAGCCGCAGCAGCCAAGCCAGUAGUGGUAACAUCUUCACCAUCAAUACACCUGAUAGUGCCCACAGCAACAGAGGCAGCUGUCGGAGGAGUUGUCGUCGCUACAACUAAUGAGGACGUCAAAAUAGCAUCAUCUAUUAUUUCCACAACCAACAGCAGCAGCGAAGCACAGCAUAUGAAACCACAUCGUUACUUUGAUCGCGAUGGGCUCUACCAAUCGCCUUAUCUGUGGACAACAAAAGGCCCAAAAGUGCGUGGUGAUAAAAAUGGUUGGUUAGAAAAAGAUUUCGCCGGCAUGCGCUUUUACAAUAGAAGGCAAACUGACAGCCAAAGAAUUUCGCUAAAUUUAAACGCCGGCUCGGAUGACGGAUCACCCACACGAAAAGAUAGUGCUUAUAAAAAAGUAGAGGAUACCGAUUCCAGUGAAACAAAGAGUAACGCCAAUACGGGGACAUUUGUUGGCGAAAACUACGGCAGUCAAGUAGCUGAGGAUGAAGUAGAUAAUAGCAGUGAAUAUGAUGAUUAUUCGUACGGUGAUUCAGUAGAGGAAAGUGUGAGUGCGAACGAGUUUCCCGAUGCUAGCGACAUGCAAGACGGGGAACAUCGAGCAACCGUCAAACGUUUUACGAAUCCAUUUAAAGACUUUCGUGUGCCACAAAAGGAACGCGACUAUCCACACUCAUAUUCUGCAAUGCGCCGGCGCAUAGCCAGAGAUCGAGACGGUGAUGAUAGCAAAACAAACUCUAACUUUGGUGCCGAUUCUGAUAAUAAUAGUGAUGCAGACUUUUCUAGCGAAAAGUGGCAACGCAUCGAGCAAGAGCACCAUCGCAAACAACAAGAACACCAGCAAAAAAUGUUGGCGUUGCGUUCACGUCACGACGACUAUUACAGAUUCACAGAGGCAGCUGCGACAACAGAGUCAGCGACUGUGUCUGUCGCGGCAGCAGCACCCAAGGAACAGCGUUAUAUUGAUGAUGAAGACGCUGACAAUAUUAAUUCCCAACACUAUGUUCCUGGUACGUUGACUCAACAAAAACAGGAGGAACUGGGAACGCUCGCUGCUGUACAGGAAUCUCGUCGCUCGCACGUUAAUAAACACAAGCACGAAAAAGCUUUGGCCAGCGAGCACGUUAAGCAAAUCUUAAACGAAGCAGCAUGCCGUGUUCCGCAACGACACGUUGAACGCAUACAGCGUGAUCCCUCAAAAAUGUACAUGCCUCACUGUACAGUUCUGCACCGUUGUACCGACGAGACUGGUUGUUGCCGAAGUGAGCGUCAAACAUGUGCACCAAAACGCACAAAAAAUGUGGAAUUGUAUUUCUAUGUUCGUAGUAUCAACGAAAAACGCGGCACGGUCGAACGUCUGACAUUUAUUAACCACACAGAAUGUCAUUGUGUAGAAAGGUCCAGGCAACAAGUAGAUGAGUAUCAUAAUCUGCCAUUGUACGGCAUAUCGUAUGGUGGACAGUCUCUCCGACGAGCUACCAUUCUCAACUGCAAUUGCCCCAAAUUGUACGAGAAAAUAUUGCAAGAGGAUGGUUUUUGCCGGUGUGAUUGCUCUUCCGGCAACACUGGAUGUGACUGGCUCAAGAGAGGCAUGGAGCAUUUUUCGAUGAUUGAUCGCAAAUGCAUAUCCGAAGGUCGUUGUAAGCCACCUACUUGCGAGCAUGGUCCCUAUAUCAAAAAGUAUGGACGAUGCCCAAGACGGGAGGAACAGUUGUCGGCCGCUGUGACCGGCCCAGUAAUGUUGGCGACGAAUGCGUUGCCGGGCAAUGGUUACCAUUGAAACGAAUUAUUGAUACACAUUCAUUUGGUGCAACUAAAAUUAAGUAUUAAUAACUUUUAAUAACAGUAAUUUAUUCGAUAAAAGUACAGCGAAAAUUGAAAUCGAGCGCAUAGACUUAAAUUAAAUAAUCAAAAUUAAUUUUAUACAUUAACGUUUAAAUGUGAUUUUAAAUUUUAAAGUUAAUAUCAUCUAAGCCAAGUACCUUUUCUACUAUCAUUCAAUUUCAUAUACUACAUAUAUACACAUACGUUUGUAUGUGUACUUUUUAACCAAAGUGUUACACAAUGGUGCAUUUAACGCGUUCUUAACUCUUAUCGAAUAUAUAAUAAAUUACUCUCCAAAUGUAAUUUACAUUACUUGAUUGAAAAUAACACAAACAUAUGAUUUGAGAAGACUUUUCACAGUGAAACUAAUUAAUGUAGUCAAAUUUAAUACUUGUAUACAAGUAUAUUACAUACAUAUUUCUUAAGGAUAAAAUAUUUUAUUAAUCAAAAUCGUGUUACGAGUACAUAGAAUUUAUCUAAAAUUUACUGUUAAUCUUUAUGAAUCUUAUAUGAUAGUAUUAAUCUAAAUAGACGCAUACAUUUAAAAUAUUAUAGUAUCCCUGCAGUAAAAUAGUGGGUCAGUCUCUUCAAACGCGGAACCCGUGAAUAUCUCCAAACUAGUGCUAAACUUCUGUAGAGGGAAGUAGUUAACAUAGCAGCGAGACGACACAAUUUUCGUGUUCUUCUCUUAGAAUGUUGUUCUAUCACCAGGCAAAAGUGAAACACAUUCUACCAUAUAAAAAAGUGAGAGCGAGCGUUAUCUAGCUGUCAAAAAAUAUAGUUGCGGAAAACUUUAACUGCUAUAAAAAAUGGUAGUAAACCGUUCAGUUGUAUUAUUUUCAAUAUAUAAUUUGCUCUUUACUCAUACGAAAUGUGCAAUAUUCUCGUACUGCGUAUGGCAAGAAUGUAAUUUCGUAAUGUUGCCGAACAUAAUGUUGUUACUUUCCACCAUUACUACUACAAUUAUUUUUAGUUUUAAACAUUAAAGUUUACUGAUAUUUCUGUACUUUUAAUCGGAUUAGAAGCGGCGGUGCAUUGCAUACGCGCAUGUAGCCAUUGACGUUAUGUACAGGUAGUACCCCAGCUCUUCAUUAGCAUCCUGAUUCUGGUUUGUUACCAACGGCAUAAGUAUGUAUAGGGUUUUUCAGUAAGAGCGCUUCAACUUUUGAACUUUUUUGGAUAAAACACAAACGGUUUGACUUUUUUAACUAAUUUUUUUUUUAUUAUCGAGUUUGAACAUAUACAUUUAAGUAUGAAAUUCGAUUUCUUUUGCAUGACCACCGCGUGCACGUUUUACAAAGUCCAAUCGUUGAACCCAAUUUUCGACCACUCUUUUGCAUAAAUCGGCUGAGAUUCCAGCAAUUUCGCGUUCAAUAUUGGCUCUGAGCUCACAAAUCGUCGCCGGCUUGUUAAUGUAGACCAAUGACUUCACAUAAUCCCAAAACGGGACGGCUUGUUAAAUGGACCGUAAAAUGGCCGUAAUGCUCUUAAAGUAGCAGCAACAGAACGAUUACUUUCAUAAAAAAUUUGCACGAUUUGCAAUCGUUGCUCAAGUGUGUAGCGUUCCAUGAUGAAAUGUAUCCUAAUGAAGUUUACAAAUGACAAGCGAAAAAUAAAAAAUAUUGCGUCGUUCGCCCUCCCUAUCGGAAAAAAGUUGAAGCGCACCUAUUGAAUAACCCUAUAUAUUCAUCGUACUAUUUUUAAAAUUGAUGCUGCUAUUCAUGAAGGCAGCAUUACGUAGUUUUUCGAAUUCAAUAAAUACAAAUUGUUAUUUCGCACUUAAAGUCAAUUAGACAUUUAAGUAAUACUAGUACAUUGCGAUUUAUUAAAUUUAAGUAAUAAAUUUCGAAUCGAAAGAGUAAUAUUGAAUCUAUGUCGAGUGCUUGCUAAGUUAAAUUUUUCCCAUAGAAUUCUAUGUAGUGAAGUUCCCAAUACGCAGCAAGUUAUUAUGAUUCUGAGCGAGUUUUAACUGGUUGUAGAUUAACAAGAUUUCCUUUACUGCAGGGAUAUUUUAUACAAUUAUGUGCAUUUGUUAAGUGAAAGUAGGGUAAAGUGAGGAACUAAGGAAAAACAAUUCCAUUGAUAUUUUGACUGCGUUAAUUUUUAAUAACUAAUGUUAAACCUAUUUAGCCUUUUAUUAACGUUAGUCGAAUUAUAAGUAGUUGAACGUAGGGCACAUAAAAAAUGUGUUUUUGUAUAUUUUUAUACCAUUUAUGUUAAUAAUUUACACCCCAUUUGUAAGUAGUCAGAGAAAAUACACGUAUGUAUGUGUGUAUGUAUGAAGCAAUAUAUAAUUUAAGUUACGUGCACUUUUAUGUUACAAAAAUGUACAUACAUAUCUAUUUUAGCACAAACAUACAAGUAGAUUAUUUUAUUUGUUUUGUCUAGUCAAUUUUCUUAUUGAUUUCGUAUUCACCUAAUAUAUAUAUACAUAUAACCAUCAUUAUUAUAAGACUUUAAACAGCAAAAUAUGUAAUAUGAACAUUUGCUUAAACACAUACACAUAUAAAUUAACACACACAUAUGUACACUGUUGGAAAAUAUAAUAGAAACGGUCUACCUAAAUUUUUCGAAUCGAAUUUAUUCGCAAAUUAUUUUUGCUAAGAUUUCUUGCAUUAUGUGAUCAAUGGUUAACGGUUUUUUGUAUUACAUUUCAUUUUCUAUUUUGCCUCGUUCUUAUUUCGGACACACUUGAGUAAGCAAGUCGGAUUUGCGCCUGGAAAAAAGAAUUGAAACGGUAAUUGGUUGGCGAUAGCAACAAAUUUUAAGCGGUAUAAAUUUCGCUCAGUUGCACUUAAAGAAAAAAAUAAUUGACUAAAUUUUAAGAAUAGGUAAAUUAGUAUUGAGGAGGAUUCUAAGGAUUCUACGGAGGAAGAAGCCGGAUUAAAGAACAAUUUAAGAAAACAAAGAAAAACGAUGAUCAAAUAGCAGAUACAGCCUUUGAUCGCAGAUAUACGAAAAAACCGAAAGCUCGGUGGCGGAUCAAUAAUGGUGUGGAGAUGAUAGAUAAAAUGUGUGCGGAUGGACUACGUGAGAAUAUUGGAUAUGGUUACACUUCUCUAUGCAAGAAAAGAAAUACACCUAUGAUCCUAAGAUGGGUGUUUAUGUGCGAUGACGAUGACAAGCAUUUCUCAAAAUUAGCAAAGGAGUGGUUUAAAAGAGAAAAAGUGAAUGUUUUCCAAUGGCCGCCGAAUUAUAAUGGCUUCAUGAGUUAAACCCGAUAAACAUCUUUGGGCAGAACUGAAACGAUAAUCAGGGCUUUCAAAUCCACAAAUAGGGAAGAAAUGUGGAACCAACUUCAAAAGUUUUGGCACUCUAUUUCGCGGGAUAAAUGAGCAAAUUUAGUAAAUUCAAUGCAGCGAAGGUGUGAAGAAGUCAUAAAACAUUCGGGAGGUGCUACGAAAUGCAAAAUUAAUUCUCCAUUUUCUUCGAAACACUGAUUUUUAAUGGCAAAACUCUUUGGUUCCAUUUUUUCCAGGAUUCGUUUCUUAAACUCGAAAAAAUUUCAUUAUGUUGUAAAUUAUUUGUAAAAGUGUCUUUUUAUAUCUUAAUUUGCCUUAAUUGUUCGAACUUGUAAGCCACAAAACAUCCGGAGUAUUCCAAAAUAAAAAAAUUGUCAAACACUGCAUGAAAAUAUUGAUUUCUGUUAUAUUUUUCAACCAUUUAUAUGCAGAUAUAUACAUAUAUACGCAUGUAUAUGAACAAUAUUAAUUAAAUCCACUGCCCUAAACUCAGUUUUUUUAUUAAGUUCAGUGCACCAGAGAAAUUGUUUCUAUGUAUGUAAUUACACAUAUAUUAAAAAAAUUAAGCAAUAUGAAAAUUCCAGAACUAAGUUGUUUAUAGAAGAUGGCAAGUUUAAAAUGUCAAAAGCUUUUAAUAAAUAAAAAGAAAAAAUUAUUUCGAACUAUACACAGAAGUAAAUUUAAAAUGAGGUACAUUUAUUUAGAUCGUACGAAUUGUA